CCGCCUCAGUCAUGUGACCUGAGCAGGAACAGGGUUGAUGGGAUCCCAGCCAUGCUUUCUCAGUUCUUGAACAACACAAGCGACAUGUCCGCGGAGCAGAAGGAGCUCACACAGACACCACUGCUCAAGAUAUGGGUGCCAGGAAUGGGCAGUUCCCUAGGCCAAAGGAGAGGCUCCUCACGACCCCAGUUUACAAACUGUCCCACAAUGAUUGUGAUGGUUGGUCUGCCAGCCAGGGGAAAGACCUACAUCUCCAAAAAGUUAACCCGAUACCUAAAUUGGAUUGGAGUCCCUACUCAAGUCUUUAAUUUAGGUCAGUAUCGAAGGGAAGUUGUGCAGACAUACAAGAACUAUGAAUUUUUUCGUCCAGACAAUGAAGAGGCCAUGAAAAUCCGCAGAGCCUAUGCCUCAAAUGCCCUUAAGGACAUCGCCAAUUACUUCACUAAGGAGCAGGGACAAGUUGCAGUAUUUGAUUCCACCAAUACUACGAGAGAGAGAAGAGGAGUCAUCCUCAGUUUUGCCAAGGAGAAGGGCUAUAAGGUGUUUUUCAUUGAGUCAGUUUGUGACGACCCAGAAAUCAUUGAGGCAAAUACAACGCAAGUAAAACUGAGCAGCCCAGAUUAUGAAAACUGCGACAAAGAAGAAGCACUGGUGGACUUUCUGAAGCGUAUUGAUUGUUAUAAAAUGUCCUAUGUCCCCCUGGACGAGGAAAAGGACAGACACCUCUCCUUCAUUAAGAUCUUUAACGUGGGAUCCAGGUACCUCGUCAACCGCGUCCAGGAUCACAUUCAGAGUCGUAUAGUGUAUUACCUCAUGAACAUUCACGUAACACCGCGAUCCAUCUAUCUGAGCCGCCAUGGAGAAAGUGAGCUCAACCUUCUUGGAAGAAUCGGUGGAGACACAGGGCUCUCUUCACAGGGCCAAAAGUAUGCGAAGGCCCUUGCAGAGUUCAUCAGGGGUCAGUCCAUCAAGGACCUGAAGGUGUGGACCAGCCACAUGAAGAGGACCAUACAAACAGCAGAGGCACUGGGCGUCCCAUAUGAACAGUGGAAGGCAUUGAAUGAAAUCGAUGCGGGUGUAUGUGAGGAGAUGACAUAUGAGGAGAUUCAAGAAACCCAUCCAGAAGAGUUUGCCUUAAGAGACCAGGACAAGUACCGCUAUCGAUAUCCAAAGGGGGAAUCGUAUGAAGACCUGGUGCACCGUCUAGAGCCAGUCAUAAUGGAGCUUGAGAGACAAGAGAAUGUGCUCGUCAUCUGCCACCAAGCAGUCAUGCGGUGUCUACUGGCAUACUUUCUGGACAAAAGUGAAGAUGAUCUGCCGUAUCUAAAGUGUCCUUUGCAUACUGUUCUCAAACUAACUCCAUUAGCUUAUGGAUGCAAAGUGGAGUCCUUCUAUUUAAAUAUCCAAGCAGUGAACACACACAGGGACAGACCCACAAAUGUGAAUGUCGCAAGAAAGCCAGAAGAAGCACUACAGACUGUACCCGAACAUCUAUAAUCAUAAAAAAAUUGUACAUUUGCCAUUUUUGCAGAGUUAAUCUACACAUAGAUUGUGUAAGUGGAAAACAAGGUGGAAGAAAGGAAUUUCAAAGGACAUGAGCAUAUGUUUCCAUUAAGAUAAUCAAGGUCUGCAAACACAAAAGUGGGAUCCAAAAGUCUGAGAACACAUCAGUUAUUUUUUUUUUUUCAUUCUCAAAAAAUGAUGUAAUUUUUAUUUCCAAUUCAACUCUUCACUCAAAUGUUAAUGAACAAUGUUAAUGUAACAUGUCAAAUAUUAUGGUUGAUAUGAAUUUUCCAUACAAAUUAUAUUGAUGUAUUCAAUUGGAAAACUUUUCUUUGGAGGCUCUCAGACUUUUGAACUUUCCUUUAGUUUCUCAAACUAAACUGUGAAAAUCAAGUAUGUUUGUACUUUGUUGAUAAGAUGGUGGCAUUGGCCUAAUGUUUUUAGUUGAAAUUGAUGUUGCAUCUAAAGAUAAUUUUACCUUUUUUUAACUAGUUUAAAAUGUUUAGUUAGAACAGGUUAAACCCCUAAUGUGUGAACGUGCAAAUUCUUUGUUUUAUUAAUUUUUAUAUUGUGUUCAAAGAUUUGGGCAUUAAUACCCCUUUUAUGCAUUCGUAAAGUACAGGAAUCAGAAGAUGAUUCAGUUAGUUAACAGCACCAUGGACAGCAACCAAAUAAAUCUAUAUUAUUCGUCACAAUAUCACACAAGACCAUUCUCCAGCCCCUUUACUCAAGCCCCUUUACUCCUCACAAUUAUUAUUAUUUUUUUGUUAGUAUGUUCACGAGUGCCUGUCCAAAAACCUUCUCCUACGUAACUGAGACUUGUGGAGUAAAAAUGCAGUAUCCAAAUACUUCAAAUAUGGUGAUAGUAAUGCGCUUUUAGAACAAUUUAUGUUGUGACGACUGAAAGGCUUCUGGCAGCAAUCUUCGGAAUUUUAGACAUUCACGGGUUAAUGGUUGUGUGGUAGUUUUUUUUUUGUUUGUUUGUUUUUUUUUUUUUCGUGUCCCCCAAAAUCGUGGCGAGGCUCUGCGAAAUUUCCAGUAUGCACACGUGAAAAUGCUCCCCUUGAAACCCACAAAUACCUGCGCAUGAUUGAAACUCAUUUGUCAUUAUAACCAAGUUAUUUUUCCAGUCUAAAUGAGCAUCCAUCUCUUUUAUGGUAUUAUCGUGGCUUCAGUAUCAUUUUUUAGGAUCAGUUUGGAAGAGAGGGGGCAAUACUGCCCCUUUUACAAACAACUUUGUGCCUUAAAAUGUGAAGUUAGUGGAAGACCUUACGCACUCGCCUUACGGGCAACAGUGGUUUUGGCUCUCCCACACAAUCUGCAAGCAUGGUUGUUAAACUGGAUUUGACUAUCCACACUGUCUUUUUCAUCCUACUUACUGUUUUUCUUUUUGGAUGUGCGCAGUCAGUUCCUCUACAGGUAUGUGUAAUUGGUAAUAGCGUUAUUGUUGAUAAUUUUACACUUAAACACGAUUUGCCCUAUUGUUCAGUGACAUUUUCCUUCAAGUAAAAUGUGAAGUUUGUCUUGAGUGAACGAUAGUAUUUUGUGCGACACAAACACAAAACAUCGCCUCGUCAUAGACGCGCGAAAACGCACAGUGAAGAUCCAUACAGCAUUUAAGAAUUUCUGUACCAGUGGAGUGUUGUUUCAUUUUUAGAAUUGUAUAUUGUUUGUCAAUCUGUAGAACAUUUUAAUGUUGUAUUUGAAUGAUUUAAGAAAACCGAAGGUAGGUUGACUAAAUAACAUUUAUAUGUUUACAAUACUGUUGGUAAUCGUAGUAGUCUUAUUGUUAGCAACAUUGUUUGUUCUUAUAGUUUUCAUUGUGCAUUGCACUGGAAUCUUAAACCCUUGUAAUAAAGAUUCCCACUAAGUCCCAAA